AUGAUAAGCGUGCAUCAACCGCCGCCAGCGCCUACUUCUUCCCCCCUCCCCUCCGUCUGCGCUUCCGCUUCCGCUUCCGCCUCCACCUCGGCCCUCCCCACCCCCUCCACCCUCUCAACCGCCACUCCCGCCCCUCUCUACAUCGGCCAAACCUUCCCCAACCUCGACGCAGCCUACGUCGCCAUAGUAGACGACUCUCUGCGGCAACACCGCGCCCCCGUCAAAGCGCACGCUGGCAACGGGAACGACCGGCACAUCUGGUUCUGCCCGCACAACACGCCAGCGGAGGAUGGGCGGCCGGCGUGCGAAUACCAGGUCCGGAUCCGGCCGAGGAAGGUAGCAGGGCGGAUUGUCGUCGGGGAGGAGGUGUAUAUUCGGGCGCUGAAGGGGGAGCAUACGUGUCAGGGGAGGGGAUAUCCGGCUAGGUUGGGGAUACAUAGUAAGCGGUAUUUACAGCACAAGUUACCCCUCUCAGAUCCUCAAUCCUCAACUGGCCAAGCGUCCGCAGCGGCCCUGAUCGGCCAAGCGCUAGAAAAGACGCUUGGCUCCAGACCGCGCCAGCGGACCAUCAAUCGCCUCAAACACCAGCUCGCCGGGCACGCCAACGAGACGCAAGAUCGACAGCGGCGGAAAGAUGCCUGGGUGAAUGAUGGGACUAGGGAAAUCGUACCUGCCGGCCCACUUCAGGCUCAGGAGGGCGAAGGUGCGGAUGCGCUGUUUAUGCCGAGGGAUAUGGCGCUGAAUCAUGGGUAUAUCGCCAAGGGGACGCAGAGGUGCAAGAAGUGCGGGCAUAGGGGGCAUAAUGCCAAGGGAUGUACGAGUCCAGUGGAUAUACGGGAGAAGGCGGCGGAGUCGGGGAAGGACGCAAACGGAACGGAGAGCGAAUUGGCCGGAGAGGGGGCGAGGAGGGGGGAAGAUUCCAUGCUCGACAAUCUCGAGUCGAUACCUUCGCCUCAGCGCCAUGAUCCUGAUCCCUUCGACCCUCCAUACCCAUCGCCUCCGAUCACAUUCGACCAACCCACAAUACCCUCAUCCACCUCCACUCGAUUUUCGCUUCCCCAUCCCACCAGCGCAUCCUCCUCAUCAUUGCCCACGACGCAUCCAGCGGCACACUCGGUUCCCAUGCCUGCUUCCCGACCAAUACCAAACGGCUCAGGUCCACCCCAGCCACAUACUCGUCUCAAUCAUCAGCCCCUCCCUGAAGCCCAGUUUUACGCACAGCACCAGCACCAGCACCAGCACCAGCACCAGCAUCAGCAUCAGCAUCAGCCACCUCAAGGUCCCCCACCUCCCCCAUACCCCAUCCAACACCCAUAUUCGAUCCAAUACUAUCAUCCUCAGUUAGGCUGGGGGAUGUUUUACCCCUCUCAGCCACCACAGCGAUGA